UUCAAACCGCCCCGUGCAAAAAUGUUCGUGUUCGGUUCCGCUGGUCACCACAGGAAAUCAACGUUCCGGAGGCUGGUGCACGCGCUGUUCGGCACUACGUACGUCUUCCGCGUCAACAAUACAGGACCAUACAUCGACCCGUGCGAGCGUGUGGCUGUGUUCCUUUUCCGCGUUGGACACGGCUCAGGCGUGAGAGCGACCGCUAGCCACUUCAACAUGGCGGAAGGGGCAGUGGUCAACUGGACCAUGAGUGUGGCGAGGCGAAUCAGGAAGCGUCUACUUUGCGAGUAUGUGAGGUGGCCAAGCCCGGAAGAGCAGAGCGAGAUCUCGACGGCAUGGGAAAAGGAGAAGUCACUGAGGAAAGUCGUUGGAGGCAUCGACGGCAGCCACAUCAAGAUUCCUGCCCCCACGGAGCACCAGCAGUUGGCGUAUUACAACUAUAAGAAGUUUUACUCCAUCAUCCUGCUGGCGAUAGUGGAUAACCGCGGCCUAUUCCGGUGGACCUGCUCCGGCUGUGCUGGAUCGUGUGGGGACAGCGGCGUACUUCAGCACACGAAGUUCUACAAGGCUGCUCAGCGCGAGCAAAGCAAACCUGUUGACGAACGCAGGAUCUUCGCGAACGGGGCGUGUAUCCUCGGCGAUUCGGCCUUUGCCGAGGGACCGUGGAUGCGUACGCCGUACACCAUGCCAUCCUCUCGGGAACAGCGGUACUUCAACUUCAUGCACUCAUCAAUGAGGAUGCGAGUGGAGCACGCGUUGGGCUGGUGGGAGCUUUUGUUGACGCCAUGAUUUUGCAUGGGGGUGGAGGUGGGGGGGCGACGCUAGGAAGAAUCUUGUGUUGGGAACAGCGUGACAUUGAAAUCUCCUAUUGUUUUCGUGUAAGAAUCCGAAAUUUCACGGUGAACAGCGAACGCACACUAAACAGGGAGCGAUAUAUUUUCCCGGAUUUGCCGAGCAUCCACUUUUGGUUUGAACGGUCGGCGACAUGUGAUACGACUGACGCUCGCUUUGAUAUUUUGCUGUACCCGUCCAAGGAGAGUCUGUUAAAAUGACAAUGUGACGUUGUUUUUUUACCGCUCCCUGUAACCCGUUAGCUAUACAGGCUAACAUGGAAGUUUCUGACGCUACAGCGGGGCACCGAAACCGAACAAAAAAAGGAAUUCAACUCUGAAUUCCGCACCCGCCGUCGUCGGAUCAUGGAUCGUGUAUCGUCCCGAACUUAUUUCAAGCUGUGGACAUGGACUACUGCUUGGGACCGUUACAGCACGGACGGCCAUGUCUUCAGCGCACACCCUCUGGCCAACUGGCCAUCAUCAUAUUAUGUAUGUAUGUAUGUGCAUGGACACGUGUCGUGCGGCGAGGGUGGAUAGUCAAUUGCAUAUAUGGCAAUGUCGCGGUUCCAGUUUUUCCGGUUUUGGUGGUGUGGUGGUGUGUGGUGGUGUGUGGUGGGGGGGUUGUUUGGAUACCCCCCCGGGUGUUUCUUGUUUGAGUUUGGGGAAAGAAUGAGAGGCAGAGACUGCUGUAAGACUGAAACACUUUGUGCCAGCCAAACUCCCAAUCAAUCAAGACCACCGCUGGAAGAGACAGAUAAAUCUGUGAUACUGAAAAACUGUGUGCCAGCCAAACAAUCCCAGGGUCUGCUUAUACCCACGGUGCUCUCCUUGUUUCUAUAUUCCAUAUGUCUCCUAACUCACCAAUUUGGUCUGCGCCAGCACGAUGAAACUGGCCAGCGUGCUGUGCGGAGACCAUCGAUUGGGACCACCGAUUGCGGUUGACUGCCGGUCAUGCCAGCGGUAUUCGACCUUGCAAUACAAUGUACCAUGGCGUGCAGCAAUCACCCAGACUGUGGUCUGCCCGAGCAUGAGCAUGACCAUACGGUCCCGUUGUGUGAGACAUGCCUUGGUAUGCAAUGUCCGCCUGCGCCAUUGUCUGCUGGUGGUCAGCGAGGUCGCUGGUCGGCUGUAUUAAGUAGAAUAAAACGUUUUCCCGUCAGAUCCACCCGAUCCGUGGUUCCGUCCACCCCUCUCUCUCUGCUGUUGCUGUUUCUGAGGGCAUGUUGUUUGAGACCGCCACCACAUUGGCAUGUCGUCAGACGAGUGACCACACACCAGACACUUAGGUUGGGCUUGCGGUGAGGUGGAUACCAUGUUGGUGCACAGCGGAAUGAAAGAUCGCCCGAAUCGCGGGUGAACGCGGAGGAACACUUACCGCCUAUCACCCCGCGGUAACGGCAGCGGCUGGUGAGACUCGCACCCCCCGAAGGUGCCAACAACGCCGCCGACCUGCUUUCUUCCUCACACAACAAGGCAGGGACGACGCCUCUCCAUCUCCCCGCGUGGAGAAUAACCUCGUCCGCGAGGCGGUGGUUGCCGACGGUAAUAGGGGGGUUCCCCUAAAGGGUGAAAACUUCCGGUAGGCGGCCGUUUUUCCGGUAGCGGUGUGUUUUUCCGGUUACGGCGAUUACCCCGCACUUCUAACCGGAAAAAGGGCACCGGAAGUUUUCGUUGAAGGCCGGACAUUUUUUUUGAAACAGGAGAUUUUUCCUGUUGGAGAAGAGGGCAGGGUGGCGAAACCACACUAGGUGCAACAGCACGCCACACUGGCUUCGAAUCUGUACGACGCGAAGGCCAAAUACGUCCGCAGCUGAGAGUAUCGGAGGAAGUUUGUUCGGGAGGGUGCUGGGACGUGGCACGCUAAGACUUUUCCCGCGCCGCGCGCAGGAAGUGUUCUGACCUGAUGCGUGGAAUUCUGGGCCUCCAAAAACGGAGCAAGGAUUGGGGGUAGCUGAAAGCAAGGGUACACGAAGGUGGGGAUACGCGCAGCAGCCGCGCGGCCCGAAGGCGUUCUUCGCCUCCCCGCGGCUGCGCUAGGGCGUUGCGUGCUGGGCGUACGCCGGCGUCGGCUCGAGGAGGGAGUGCGUUUUUGGAGGAGAGUUUUGCUUGCGGCCACCUUCUUGCUGGAGUCGUUGUGCUCGCCAUCGACUCGACUCCGACGCCUCCGAGACGCCACACAGGCGCAGCACGCCUAGGCAUCACAACCCAGAUGAGGGGUACGGCAGCCCCCCAGAUGGGUCUAGGUUGGCAGGAGAAUUCGCACUCGCACGUGGAGGUGGGACCGCCACCAUCCCUUUCUCCGUAGCAGACUCCAGGCCGUCUCCUGUCGACGCAGCUGGAUGGAGGCGGUGGUGGUACGCCCGAGCCGGACGAUGGAUCAGCAGCCAACAGAGUGGGCAACGUGCCGGGGGCAAGGCGAAGCAGAAGCCCAACGACAAAGGCGCCGCGCACGGGCAAGAGCAAGAAAAUCAAGGUCAACUUCGGCAGCAGCAGCACUAAGCUUCGUAUUGGCGACAAGAGUCGUCGUAACUGCAUGUGAAGCGGACAGGCACGUGCCCAAUCAUCUUCAUCACCCUCGUUUCUGUGGCAACUUUCACGAGGUUCCAUGGAGGCUUCCAAGGCUUCCACUAUCAGCUUCCGUGGCAUUUUUCCACGGCUUCCACCGAGGAAAUAGAUAUCCUAGGAGUUUCAUGUGCGUGUUCCGAUAGCAGUCUAUAGUACAGCAUCGCAAAAUCUUUCACCACGACUUUAUUUGCUUUGGUAAUAGUGAAGUAGGGCGUUUCUCAAGAGAAAGUAGUGUGGUCCCCUUGACAGUGUGGGGGGGACAAGGGUAAAGCUGGCUACUUACUGCCUAUGGAAGAGUUGUUGCACUUGACGUACUAGAGAUAUUGGCUUCGCGUGCAUUACUAUUUCGCAACAAUGAGAUUCCGUUUUAGAAAAUAGGCUGGCGUGAUGAUGCAUCACCUCGCAUCAAACGCGGCGGCAGCCAGUCAACGAAAGGUCUCAGAAAAAAUAUUACGGGAAGGUUGCGUUUUUCCGAAAAUCAUCGUGUCGAGGGCAGAUAGAUGCUCGCGACACGGGUUGGCUCGAAAGGGAGAGGCGAGAGGUGGAUAGUCAAACGUACUCGACGAAGCGAAUGUGGCAUACGGCACCACCAAGGCUCUUAGGCUGAUUCUUAUCGAUCCGUUUUUUUUUUCACCGAUUCGUAAUUUUCAACACGGAACCAGUUCCGGGUUUUCCAUUGGUUCUAAUCGGCAGAGGCGCGCCUUUUUUUCAAAAUCCCGGAAAGCGUCGAUGCCGACGUACACACACCGGUCACGACC